GGCAGCGGCGCGCUCGGCGUGGCGCGCGCCUGGCCGCGCCCCUACCCGCUCCUACCCGCCUCGCCCCCCGGCGUAUUGGAGGCCCGCACCAGCCUAGGAUUUUCGGUUUCCUCAGGUUCUGGGGAGGUUAAACAAAGGAGGAGGGAUGUGAGAUCUCCGCCUAGUUCAGCUCGAGGGUCGUGGAAGCCGGCUGUUUGGAGGGGCUGUGAAGCAGCGAAGAUGACUAGGAGAGGAAAGGGCCUCGUUUCUGGGCGGUGCCAACAUUAUGAGGGGCGCGGUCACCUCCUCAGCUUCCCGAGGAGGCAAAGGCAGCCACGUCCUGUUCCCUGAGGGUGAAGAAGCUACCUCGGGUCUCUUGUCCUCAGGACCUCCGGACAUGAACGAGCUGAAGAGCCGGAAGAAGUCGGGGCCCAAGGGAGCCCCCGCGGAGCCCGGGAAGCGGAGCGAGGGCGGGAAGAGCCCCGCGGCCCGGGGCGGUGGAGGCGGGGGCUGGGCGGAUCCCCGGACGGGCCUGAGUCUACUGUCGUUGGGGCUUUGCCUGGGCCUGGCCUGGUUUGUAUUUCAGCAGUCGGAAAAGUUUGCAAAGGUGGAAAGCCAAUACCAGUUACUGAAAAUAGAAACUGAUGAGUUCCAAGGACUUAGAAGUAAAAUCAGCUUAAUUUCCGAAAAGCUUGAGUCUACUGAAAGUAUCCUGCAGGAAGCUGCAUCAUCCAUGUCUUUGGUGACCCAGUUUGAGCAGAAAGUGUCCAGCCUCCAAAGCAUCAUGCAUGGCAUUCAGAAUAGUGAAGAAGUGCUCACUCAAAAGAUGCAGAGCCUUAAUGAGAAAUUCCAGAAUGUUACAGAUUUCUGGAAGAGAAGUCUAGAAGAAAUGAAUGUUAAUACAGACAUUUUAAAAUCAAAAGCAAAACAUAUACAUUCUCAAGUUACUGUCCAAGUUAACUCAGCUGAACAAGGAAUAAAACUGCUCAGUGAAAGGCUAAAAGAUUUGGAAGAUAGCACACUAAAAAAUAUUAGAACAAUAAAAAGACAAGAAGAAGAGGAUCUUCUCCGAAUAGAGGAACAGCUUGGCUCAGAUACAAAAGCAGUUGAAAAGUUAGAAGAUGAACAACGUGCUCUCUUUGCCAGAGAUGAAGAUCUGAUGAAUAAACUUUCUCACUAUGAACCCAGAGUUGAAGAAUGCAAGACACAUUUACCAACAAUUGAAAGUGCUAUUCACUCUGUUCUCAGAGUCUCUCAGGACCUGAUAGGGACAGAAAAGAAAAUGGAAGACUUGACUAUGCAGAUGUUUAAUAUGGAAGAUGAUAUGCUGAAAGCAGUGUCUGAAAUAAUGGAGAUGCAGAAAACCCUUGAAGGAAUUCAGUAUGAUAAUAGCAUAUUAAAAAUGCAAAAUGAACUGGAUGUUCUAAAAGGAAAAGUCCACAGUUUUAUAGCAUAUUCAAGUACAAAGGAAAAAGGAAAUUUGGAAGAAUAUAAUCUAGACAAUAAGGGAAUUGGCAAUGAUUUUUAAACUCACUACAUUCAUUGUGAUGAGCCAUAUUAUUUUAUUUGUGAAUUGACUAGUUCCAUGCUUUUGAGUUAUUAUGAUAUGCCUCAUUUUAUUAUCCUGCAUUAUUGGCAAAUGCAUGAAAUCCACACAGUGGGUUAUCCAGAUAAACAAAGUUUAUCUUUUUAAGCAGUAAAACUUAUUUCAUUUUAAUCAUUUAAAUAGAAACUUUUCUAAAAUAUAUAUUUCUCUGCUUUCUAAAGUAGUUAAUAAUUUUUAAUGUUUUCAAUAAUUCGUGGACAUCAUUAUGAAUUUCACCUAUUAUAGUGAACCCAUAUAUAUUGAUUCUCUAGGAGCUACUGAGGCAUAUUAACCACUUCACUAAGUGACCUCAGCUUGCUAUUUUUCUAACUUUAUAUCUGUUUUUUAUAUUUUGUAUGUUUUAAUUCUGUCUAAAAUAAAAGGUAUAGCACGUACAAGGGGGGAGGGGUUUUGGUAUAAAUUAAUAUGAACUUUCUUAAAUCUGUGAAGCCUGGGAAACUUUUUUGUUCUUUGUUAAGAUUCUAAACUAAAUUACAGGUACUUGUAAAAGUUCUGUUUAAAAUAAGAGUAAAUAUGUUAUUAUUGAUGUCCUUUCCUAUGAAUUAUGUGUGUGUGCUUUGAAGAAUGACUUUUGGAAUAUCUUUGUGUACCUGGGUUUUUUGUUUGUUUUUUAUAGGUUAAAACUGUGUUACAGACUCUUGAGUUACCUCUAUAUAAAUUAGUCUACUUACAAUCAAAAUAUACCAACAAACCUAUGGCCUAUUUUAAAGAGAAAAAAAAAAAAACAGCAUAAUGAUGAAUUAUGAUAAUUAAAAGUAUGUCAUUAUUUUAAAGAUACCUCAAA